UGUCACUGAUUAGAAAACCUAGAUUACUGUUGAAAAGUUGAAAAUUUAUUAUUGUUUUUAUAGUAAAAUCGUAAACUUUUCAUGUUUUUAAUAAUUUAAAGUUUAAAUUUUCUGUAAUUAAUAAUGUAUCGUAAUACGUAAAAACAUAUUGUAACGUAACCAAAACACGGCCUAAAGUAAUUAUAAUAUUCGGUGUUACGAAAUGUGCCACUUGUAUUCAUGCAAUAUUCCAGUUUACGAAAGUAUUUCGAUACCUUAGAUAUGGAAAUUUCCUUCAAUUCAAGUGUAUAACUAUGCUAAUAUAGUAAUAGUGUGCUAUUCGCAAGAGCAAUUCCGUAUCUGUGCACAUUUUCCAAUUUGCAUCACACAACUUUGGAUCAUGAAUGUGCAAACACUCUUCCAGAACUUCAAUCCUAGUAAGUUCAUCAUACAUACAUCGUUGAUGGUUUUUACCAUAUUCUUCUCGCUACGUUUGGAUGGCACGAUAUUAUGGAGCUAUUGGGCGGUGUUUUCGCCAAUAUGGUUUUGGAAGUUUAUGGUGAUCUUUGGAGCAGCUGUCGGAAGCUAUGUGUGGUGGCGUUAUCCUCACUUCAGACUGGAAGGCGAAGCAUAUAUUCAUUAUAAAGCGAUGCUGAUCACAUUAGCUCUUCAUCUAAUUCUGCUUAUGUUCGAGUUACUCGCCUGUGAUAAAUUACAAUCCGGAAGACAUCUUUGGAUUUUGGUUUUUAUACCUCUAAUUUUCAUUUCAGUCGUUUCGAUUGCUGUUUGUGUAUGGGCUGUAAAACACGACAGGUCGUUUGAAUUGGAAUUAUUCUGCUCGGUAAACAUGCUGCAAUUUAUUUUCCUAGCAUUGAGAUUAGAUAAGUUUACUACUUGGAGUUGGGAAGUUGUAUUCGUACCAUUAUGGAUCGUCAUGUGUCUAUCACUAGUGAGCGUAUUGUAUACCAUUAUUUUCGCCGGAAUAUUAAUCAAGACACCUGAAGUAAAUAGUCGACAACGUAGAACAUCGUUUAAUGCUGCUUUAGGAUAUACGUUGCUCGUAGUUCCAAUUUUAGUGUUCCAGGUGUUACUUACGAAUAAGUUAGACGAAGAUAUUUCAAUGAGCUUCUUCGGUGUGUGUUCUCCUCUACUGAUAUCGUUCACGACCUUGAUUAUCAUGUCAUUUAAUUCGAAAGGAGGCAAUAAAUGGUGGUUCGGAUUACGCAAAGACUUCUGUCAAUUUCUACUGGGGAUUUGUCCUUUUCUGCAAGAAUACGCCAACAUCGCCUACAACUCUCAAAUCAACCUGGGAGAUUCUCGUACGCCUAGUACUCAGCCACAGUCUGAAACCGAAGAUCCAGUAAUCACCAAUCUGAGCCAUAAAACUAAAUGCAAGUCUGGUAAAAACGUUCAAAUAAACGAAACAGCGCUUAAACCGGUAGCUCAAAUCAUUUCGAUCGAUAUGCCCGAUUAAUCAAAUACUCCCAUUUGGUUGAUUCUUGGUCAUUCUUCUGUUCAAAAAUCAAUAAUUCCAAAAUAUGUGACAAUCACUGUAGCAAAUCGUUCAUUUUUUUCGAGUCUUCCAGCGGAUAAAAUUGAUAUCGCCCUGUAGAUGAAACAAAGGGUACUCGUAUUAGUUUUAUUAAAUUUUGUUAUCGUGGUUUUAAUUUUGUUAUCAAGUAUAAUUUUAUUUCAUUUUUUUAAAACAAAGACGCAAUCGAAUUGUAGAUAUUUUCCUGUUGAGUAUUUUGUUUUUUUAAUUUAUAUUAUCUUUUUAUUUUAAUUUUUCGGUUUGUGUAAUCAUUUUUUUUAAUAUUGUGAUUUUAUUAAUAACGUAACCUGUUACUUUACUUAUUUGAUUGAUUGUAGUGGUGCUUUUGUAUUCUUUCAACAUUUUUGUUCUCUGUUCUUAUUUAUUAUCAGCUCUCUCCUUCGAAGGAUUUUGAAAAAAAAUAAUCCUUCGCGGGUCUAUCGUGUUGAGUUUUUUCUUUCUUUUUAAUCGAUUAGUUUAAUUAUGAUUUUAAUUAAUUUGACUGCUUAGGUUUAAUCAUUCGUUUUCCUUAUUUAUUUUUAUCAUCUUCCUUGUUAAGUGUUGUAGUUUCCUUCUCUUCCUCCCCAUAAAAAGAGGAAAUACAACUAAACAAAUUUUUUUAAUGAUCUCGUGUAUAAUAAAAUAAUAUAUACCUAGAUGGUAGCUACCUACGUAUAAUAAUUUAUAAAGUGUUAAUUUAUUAUCAGGUUUAUAUGCAUUUUGUAAAUCGUCGAAGAACCUAUGGUUUUUUUUUCUAGUUUAAAUACGAAAUAAAAUUUAUUUAUGUAAUAAUACAACCUCUUCCCAUAUUUUUUCAUAUUGUUUUGUUACUCGAUUUGUUUACGUGGUCAUGCUCCUUCAAUGAAGGAUCGUGAAUAUCAAUUAGCUGCAAAAUUGGUUUAAAUUUACCCCUUCCUCUUUUUUUUAUAUUGUACGGUUAACUAUUGUACGUUGAUUUAACAAAUUAUAUUUUGUUGACUGA